UGGCAGGUGGAGAGCUGCCGUCUCUCGGUGAAUAGCAGGCAGUGCAGGGGCCAGAUUUAAUUUAACGCAUGUAGCUUCUUAGCAAGAUGCGAUUCAUUUACAGACAUUAACUGUGUUCACUUAACUUGGCUCUAGACUUGGAGUUCAGAAAGAGACCCACGGAGCAACUGGAAAAUCAGUUUUCAGGCCGCCGGGAAAGCAAACCACGCCACCCGGCUUCCGGGGAUUCAGGAGCCGCAAGCGAUUGACGGCAGACGUCGGUCGGUCGGUGGCUCGAGGGGGAGGAAAGACGGAGCGAGCGUUCACAUCGGCUCAGACAUCCACCUCUCGGUUUCAGCCACCUUCGAGAUGUCAAGAAAGCUGCACAGGACUGAAGUCUGCGCUGACUGCAGUGCGCCAGACCCGGGCUGGGCCAGCAUCAACCGAGGGGUUCUGAUCUGUGAUGAGUGCUGUUCAGUCCACCGCAGCCUCGGCCGCCAUAUUUCCAUAGUAAAGCACCUGAGGCACAGUGGAUGGCCUCCAACACUACUCCAGAUGGUUCAGACUUUGGCCAGUAAUGGAGCCAACUCCAUAUGGGAACACAGUCUCCUGGACCCUGCACAGGUGCAGAGCGGUCGAAGGAAACCAAACCCUCAGGACAAAGUCCACACUGCUAAGUCAGAGUUCAUCAGAGCCAAAUACCAGAUGUUGGCAUUUGUACAUAAGCUUCCAUGUCGGGAUGAUGAUGGUGUCACUACCAAGGAUCUCAGUAAGCAACUUCACUCGAGUGUGCGGACUGGGAGUUUAGAGACGUGUCUUCGCCUGUUGUCCCUCGGUGCUCAGGCCAACUUCUUCCACCCGGAAAAAGGCACCACCCCGCUUCAUGUCGCGGCGAAGGCGGGGCAGAUCCUGCAGGCCGAGCUGCUCGUUGUGUACGGCGCCGAUCCCGGAGCUCUUGAUAUCAACAGGCGCACACCGAUGGACUACGCUAGGCAGGCCGGCCACGUCGAGCUAGCAGAGCGUCUCGUAGAGUGUCAGUAUGAGCUGACGGACAGACUGGCCUUCUACCUUUGUGGCCGGCGACCAGAUCACAAAAAUGGCCACUAUAUCAUUCCUCAAAUGGCAGACAGAGCUCGUCCUAAGUGCCCGACACAGAGUCUUGACCUCUCUGAACUCGCCAAGGCUGCCAAGAAGAAGCUGCAAGCUCUCAACAACCGGUUGUUUGAAGAACUAGCGAUGGACGUGUAUGAUGAGGUGGAUCGCAGGGAAAACGAUGCAGUGUGGUUGACGACGCAGAACCACAGCACUCUGGUAACAGAACGAAGCGCCGUACCGUUCCUGCCAGUCAAUCCUGAAUACUCUGCCACAAGAAACCAGGGUCGUCAGAAGCUGGCUCGUUUCAACGCUCGGGAGUUCGCCACGCUCAUCAUUGACAUCCUGAGUGACGCCAAGCGGAGACAGCAGGGAAAAGGACUCAGCAGUCCUACUGAUCCGCUGGACCUGGGCAUCGAUGAUGAUGAGCACGACUACGAUAAUGUAGCUUCUGAUGAAGAUACGGACAGCGAGCUGACCACCCAGAACAACAAUAACACACAGCGCAGCAACCGUGCAAAGAGCAUGGACUCCUCUGACCUGUCCGACGGCCCCAUCACCCUGCAGGAGUAUCUGGAGGUAAAGAAGGCCCUGGCCUCCUCAGAAGCCAAGGUGCAGCAGCUGAUGAAGGUCAACAACAACUUGAGCGAAGAGGUCCGGCGGCUGCAGAAGGAGAUCACCCGGAUGCAGACAGAGAACAGUGCGUUACGGGGGGGCCAGCAGGCUGGGGGGGCAGCUGGCCAUGGGGUUGGGGGCCCAAGUGGAGGGAGGGGCCACUGGGUGAGUGGUGGGAUGUUUGGAGGAGUUGUUGCUGGGGGUUUGGGUGGGUUCGGUUCAGGAGCUGACCCCACGGGGCUCACUGUGCCCCCCUCAGCCAGCCCUUACCCCCCUCUCUACCGGAGGGACCGGCAAGCCAUCUCCAUGUAUGAGCCGGGGGCGGCCCCGGGGCCCACGGCUCACGGCCCCCCAGCCCUGGACUCCCUUGCAGCCCGCCUGCAGCCCCUCAACACACCCAGCGUAAGGAAGGGCGGAGUUAGUAGUCCAGGACUGUAUGGAGUCCAGCAUGUGUCCGGAUCUACGGAAAUGGGCCGAUACAUGGUGUCCAAACCCGAGAAGCAUGGCAGCGGCACAGACAGUGACUAUGACAACACACACGAUCAUUUACAAAGUAUCGGCCGGAGCAGCGAAGAGGAGGGUCGGGGCGAGUCUGAGGAGGGAGGGGGCAGCGAGGCGGGCGAGCCGGACCCCACCCUGCCGUGCACAGAGGACGUGAUACUGAAGACGGAGCAGGUGACUAAGAACAUCCAGGAGCUGCUGAGGGCCGCACAGGAGUUCAAACACGACAGCUUUGUCCCGUGUUCUGAGAAGAUCUACUCUGCCGUCACUGAGAUGGCUUCCCUCUUCCCCAAACGGCCAGCGCUCGAUGCUGUCCACUGCUCCCUGCGCCUGCUGGCUUCCAGCGCCUCGCGGCUGCAGGUGGAGUGUCGCAAGGCGGCGCCCUCGGAGCCCGGGGCCCCGGCGGUGGACUACCAGCUGCUCACCCAGCAGGUCAUCCAGUGCGCCUACGACAUUGCGAAGGCUGCUAAGCAGCUGGUCACCAUCACGACGCGCGAGAAGAAGCAGUGACUGAACCAACACAGAGACGGGGAGAGAGAGGCAAGAGGCCGAUGCAUGGGGGAGAGGCCUUCGGGGGGGAAGGAGGACGAGGGACGACACGAUCAGGCUGUGGAUGGAGGGAGCGAUGGAGGAAGAGAAGAAAAGCUUGGAAGAUGCACGAGGAAGCAGAGAUUGCUCUGGACAAACGUCAAAAGCAUGGAAGUGAAGGUAGGGGAAGGACAGGUAGAAGGGUCGGAUCUGGAGUUGGAAUGAGAAGUGUUUAAUAAACCGCUGAAACUGUUGUGGGAAAACAUGAAACCUGAUGUUGGGAGAUGUACAGCGAACUGGAUUCUUAAACGUUAUUGCUUUAUUUAUUUUGGUCCAACGUUGUCCGUCCCGUUUUGUGCGCCUUGUCGCCUUGGGAAGAACUUCUGCCACAGAGAGAGAAGCGGCACAGCCUCCUGGGAGGAGGCCGGACAUUCCUCCUCUUCUUUCCCCUUUCCUCUCUUUCUUCACUUUCUCCCCGUCUUGUCUGUCCAACCUGAAGUGUGGACCCUCUCUGCUCCCACUGACGUCCCGGGCAGGACGAGCGAGCGGCGCAGAGGAGGACACACCUCCACCGAGGCCCUCAGACUCUCCAGCUUUUCUACUGGAGGGCCUUGAGUUUUUCUUCCAAUCCAUCGCUGUCUUGUUGGCGGUACACGGCAUGAUCUGGCAUGUUUUCAUUUCAUUUUUUCUGUUUCUUUCUGAACCCGCAAAUCAGAUUGAUUUGCACCUCUAAGGACUUUCGCCCUUUUUUACUGACUUUAAACACUUACACUGGAAUAAUUAUGAUUUAUUGUUUAUCAUGUUUUUUUUUGUGUGUUGACAAUUUUACUGACUGUUAUUUUGAUUUAACUGUUUCUGUAAGUUUAUUUUAUUGUGCUAAAAUGAAUUCAGACAUAACAGGGAGACAGCUGGGAGUACUUUCCCCUCUCGCUGGGAGAUGAGCAAAUCUGCACACUCAGAUCAACAAGAACCUGAGAAGAUAUUUCCCAGCAUUUCUAAGCGCUCUUCUUCUUUCCUCUCAUGUUAUCGUGUGGCCAAGGGGUUGAAACAGUUGCCAAAGGAGAGUGCGUUUCAUUUUCUGUCGGAGCGGAAGCCCCUUCGCCGCAUUGUAGACAGACCAGGAUCCUCAUCUAUCUUUUUUUUUGUGCUUGUUUUCUCCUGAAAAAAAAAACUCUUCCUCAUUUAUACACAGCCAGUGAAAUCAUCUCAGAAUCAUUCGCAGUGCCAAGCGGGAUAAUAUUAAACGACAACAAAAAAAAAAACCAUUUAGCUUGGUUUGUUUACAAGGAAGAGCCUGGCAGCCCUUAACCUGCAUGCAUGCUAGAAAACAAAACACAAUUCAGAUUUUAGUAGGCACGCAGAAAGCCCUGGAUCUGGCCACCUGGAUCGUAGAAAAUGUUCUUGUUUAACGUCCUCAGUUUAUGGAGAGUACUUGAUUUGGUUCGCCAUGUGUUAUUUUUCACUCGCAGGACUGUCUGGCAAGCACAAUCAGGCAGACGAGCUGUUUUCCAGCUCAGACGGCCUGCCGAUCUGGGCCACAGAUGUUGUCUGUGUUUCUGAACUCUGCCAACAGGAAACGGCAAUGGGAACAAAUGUUUUAUUCCAAUUUUUGUUUUGUUUUGUUUUUUUACAUAUAUAUAUAUAUUUAGUGCACUUUCCCUACCCAGCAGUUCUAUCUCAUUGUAUUGUGCCGAACAAAUAUGCUAGUUUCUGUAAGGACGAAUGCUGAUUAGAUCCUUUCUACGACUUUCUUGUAGGUUAUUAAGGAUGUGAUCAAACAGCUGUGCAACUGUUUCGUCUCAAACUGCUGCCUUUCAGCAGGACAUCGUGUUUAGCUGCACUGCUUUACCCGCCUCAAUCACGCUUUGCUUUAUUUGUCGCUCGUUUGGCUGACUGUCCUUCAGCCUCACAUGACUGAACACUGUUGAGGAACGUUGAAUCUCAUCCAUGUGACUCUUUUAUCCAUCUACGGUUGGAGUUUUGAAUGCCUUUGCACAUCGUCAUCAUCUCCUGUUCGACUGACUGUUUUAGUGAUUUACGACUUUACUGACAAACAGAAGUGGGGGGGCCAGAAGAAAAACGUGCUCCUUCAAUCAUCAGUGCCCAUGUUUUAGACUAGAGCCAUAUAUAUAUAUAUAUAUAUAAAUAUAAAAAAUAAACAUAUAUUUUCAUGCUAUUUUCUAUUAAGCUCCAUGUUAGGGUUAUGUUUGUGGGAUAUUUAUGUCUAUUUGUUGGCCUAAAGGGCUUCAGGCUGCGACAUCUGCUCUCCAAAUCUUCAGUCAGCUCGACCCGACAUUUGAAGUGCCGUUUGGUUGCCCUCCUGUGUGAUCAGACUGGAGAUAUUAACAAUCCAGCGAGAAUCCACAAGACGUGGAGGAGAAAACACAGGCUGAUCUCAGUGUGAGUUGCACUAUUUUCAAACACCAGCUGGUUGAAGUUGGAUCUACGUACCGCACUCUCCCAAAGGUCUUGGCAGGAUUAGUUUUGUCUGAAGCGCACUUUGGCCGAACACUACAGUCAUCUCAACAGGACGGGUCUAAAAUGCACGUGGCCCGGUCCUUCCUACGUUUGGUAGACACUACUUAGGGUGCCUCUAGUUUGAAUGUUAAAUGCUUCCUUUCGCUCAUGUCACUUAACUUUAUAUACUACUUUUUGUUCAGAUUUUGGGGUGAUGAUUUCUAAUUUUAGAGACACUCACAGGUUAUCAGUUGGACCAAUCCAUGCACAGGAGACGUGAAGAGUCGCAGGUUUUUGUUCUUGAACACGGACUUGUGCUGUGGUCUGCACUGUUUUCAUCCUUGACUUUUCUUUAAAUUGCACCAGGAAUUCAGAGAUGGGAGAGCUUUGUGUUGACAGAAGGCAUUAACUGUAUAAAGUAGAGAAAACGGUGACUUGCGGAGAGAAAAGGUCAAUCAUAAUGGAAACUCAUAAGCUGUACAUUUGUAAUAAAACAAUUUAAUUGCC